AACUCAACGUUGUAAGUUCCAUGUCAUCGGGUUUUGUAGGCCUGUAUAUAAACAGGGCCAAAUCAUGUAAUACCUAUAAUACAUACAGACGGAGCACAGGACAGACAAACCAAUAAAACAGCCGUUUGACACCAGUAUCAUUAAUAUGGACAAAGAGUAUGACUUUCUAUUCAAGUACCUGCUGAUAGGCGACUCAGGUGUAGGGAAAUCUUCCCUGUUACUCCGGUUCGCGGAUGACGUAUUUUCAGACACCUACAUCUCUACGAUAGGAGUAGACUUCAAGAUCAGAACGGUGGACGUUGAUAACAAAGUCGUCCGAUUACAAGUCUGGGACACUGCAGGACAGGACCGAUUCAAAAGCAUCACGGCAUCCUUCUACCGCGGGGCGCACGGCAUUAUGCUUGUCUAUGACGUCACUGACAUGGAGUCAUUCCAACACGUUGAAACAUGGAUCAAGGAGGUGGAUAGAUACGGAAGUUGUGAUCACAAUAUGAUUCUUGUGGGGAACAAAUCCGACCUGAGCGGUAAACGAGUGGUUACGUACGAAAAGGGCAAGGAAUUUGCUGAGAAAUUGGGUAUUUCGUUCAUGGAGACCAGCGCCAAAAGCUCAACAAACGUCGAAACUCUAUUUAUGACGAUGGCAGCGGAAAUCAAGAGCACCAUCGCUGAGGAUAAAUUAGACACCACAGGAGGGGUGACAGUGAUCGUUCGAAACAGUUCGCCAGUCAACAAAAAGUCGUCAUGGAAAUGCUGUUGAAGGCAUGGAAAUAUGGAACUGUUACGUACUUCAGGUUGUUGCGACAUAAACAAUUCAUAUUUACACUCCCUCGGGAGUCCUGUACUAGUCUACAUGAAGAAAAUGGUUGGUUGACUUAUGUGAAGGUCAUGGGUGAUAUUGCAUAACAUGGCCAUAAAGCUUGUGUUGACAUCAACAACACAUAUAGAACAUGUUCAUAUGACAUAUUCUGGGGAUAUGACGAUUUCGACAAUUGCCAUGUGACAUUUGUUGAGAACUCAAAUUAGAGAUUAUCUUUAAGUAAGUUGUGUAUGCCUUUAUGAAAUCAUCACAUGUGUAAAACUUCAUACAAGGAUCUGUACAUUUUUUUCUGGAGCAAUGCAAAGUGAUAUAUACUUGAGGUAUGCGUACUCUUUAGAUUAUCUAUCAACAGAUACAUUGUGUACCUAGGAGGAAUUGACCUCAGCUGCUGAUGAAUACUCUUUAUCAAUAAUCAGUCAUAUUCUUUACUAUAAACCAAAAUAAAAGUUGCUCCAUACAGAAAUGUAGAACAAACAUACACACUGUGCCAUAACAUACAUAGUCGCAUGCCUAGAAUCAACAUCAGUUCCACUCCAAGUUACUGAUAAUGACAUUCGAUAAUGCUACACUGUAUAUAAAUAUAUGACAUAGUGAGAUAUCGAGUUAUACCAACCCCAGAUGGAGAGGUGUACACAACGUACAUGUAGCAUUACGUAUAUUGCUGCUGCUAAGAACGGCAUCCGCUUCAGUCCAAGUACAUCCAUCAAUACUCGCGUUCAAAGAUGCUGCUCAUAUGAACUGUAUAAUAUUUAUUUAUGUAUAAGCUUCAUACAGAGUUAGUGAUAUCAUUAGAAUCGAUAUCAGUUUCAAUCCAAGUAACUGAUAAUGACAUACGAGCAAUGGUCCUUCCAUAUUAUUAGUGCAAGUGUGCAAGAAAGUUGUAUAUAUUAUAUUCGAAGAUGCUCCUCUCUAUUUAAUAACAUGAUUUACAGCUAGCUUAGCCUGUAUGAAGUAUAAUAUCAAUUGUUCCACACAAGAAUCGACAUCAGUUUCAAUCUCAGAUACUGAUAAUGACAUUCGAGUGAUGGUCCUUUAAACAAUAUGGGUGAUAUUUUGUGCUUGUGAUAAAUUAUUAAUUUUCUGACUGUAAGGUAUUUGUUUAUAAUGUGUUUACCUAUAAUUUCCUGUGUUUUUUAUCAUAUUGUUUUUAAUGACUGAUAACAAUCUUGUCCACCGUUGUAAUCACCAAUAGAUAUUUUACAUUUCAAUCAUUAGAAGAUAAUUAAUACAUUUUAAAAU